AUGCCACCACCUCCUCCACCCCCGCCGCCGCCGGGAGGUUUGGGCGGUCCUCCCCCGCCGCCCCCUCCAGGUGGCCUUCCAAAAGCUCCAGCAGGGGCAGCCAAAGGCCGGAGCGCUCUUCUUUCCGAUAUUCACAAGGGCGCUAAGCUGAAGAAGGCUGUUACCAAUGAUCGAUCAGCACCUAUAAUCGCCGGUUCAGGAGGCGUCUCAGCAACGCCUCCCAUCGGAGGUGCGCCGCCCGUUCCUGGUGCGAGGCCGCCUCCGAGUGGGCUUGCGCCGCCUGUGCCCUCAGGCCCAGCUGCGAAUCGAUUAAGAAGCAACAGUGAAGGAGUCUCUGGAACAGAUGCGACAGCUGGUGCAACGGCACCUCAACUAGGAGGCUUAUUUGCCGGUGGAAUGCCCAAGCUACGCAGUCGUGGAGGGGUGGAUACUGGUGCCUCUCGAGAGUCGCCCUACAUGUCUGAUUCCGAAGCUGCGCGUCGACCACCUGCUCCAGCACCCAAGCCUCCAUCGGCUCCCAGGCCUCCCGCAGCCAAGCCGCCUCCCCUUCCUCCCACAACUGACUCGCCGCCCAUACCACCCGUCAACUCAUUGGUAGCUGGCCUGAAAAAGCCUCCUCCACGACCUGCCCCACGACCUUCAGCCACGGUCCCGGCGCCAGCUGCAAAGGCGCCAGAGGCACCACCUCCACGUGCACCCCCUCCACCUCCCGCACCGGGCAAGCUUCCGCCUCCACCUGCAUCGAGGAAGCCGUCCGGAGCUCCGCCACCUCCCCCACCAGCCCCCGCGGCUCGGGCACCUCCUCCCCCGCCGGCUGCUUCCAGAUCUACACCGCCCCCUCCUCCAUCAGUAGCACCGCCAUCAAUUGCGGCCCAGGCUGCUCGUUCCGCUCUGGGACAGCACACACUCUCACCUUCGGCCCCUCCACCGCCACCCCCAACAGCUGCCCCCGGUGCUCCACCACCACCGCCUCCAACUUCAGCUCCUGCAGCUCCUCCGAGUGAACCACCAUCCCGACCAUCCCCUGUCCCCUCGCGCCCUGUAUCCCAUGAGCCAUUUACAGCGCUGGACCCCAGCGCGUACACCCUUUCUAACGGUGGAUCACCUUCACCGAGUUCACGAAGCCCUUCAGGACAUGGUCCAGUCCGAAUAGAAGAUCCGCGAUUCAAGUUCCAAGGCGAUGGGCUGCUCCCUAAACCACGGCAGUUUGUCGGCGGAGACCGCAGAUACCGUGCUGGUCGGGGUAGCAGUGUUCCAUUGGAUCUGAGUGCGUUGCGAGGAUAG